GAACAAAAGUUCAAAAAAAAAAAUCCAUUUUCCUCUUUUAAUCGUCUUAUUACAUAGAGAAUCCAAGUCCCCAGAUCCCCGACCCGCGUCGUUUCGAAGCAACUACUCAAGGGGCCGCCAUCUGCUGUUCUGCAUCGCCGACUUAUUGGUUCCUUGGACGACGGCGUAUCAACGUCGGGAUCGACCUUGGCCAACGACAUGGAGAAAUUUCUGUGCGACCGGUUGCUUGACCCCAGGCAGCCGAUAUCCGAGCGCUUCCGAGCCCUCUUCUCCCUUCGCAACCUCAAAGGCCCUGGUCCUCGCAACGCUCUCAUUCAAGCGACAAGGGAUUCAUCAAAUUUGUUGGCUCAUGAAGCUGCAUUUGCAUUGGGUCAAAUGCAAGAUGCUGAAGCUAUUCCUGCUUUGGAAUCAGUUCUAAAUGAUCUUUCUUUGCAUCCCAUUGUUCGCCACGAGGCAGCUGAAGCACUUGGUGCAAUUGGUUUAGAGAGUAACAUUCCUCUUUUGAAGAAUAGUUUGGUUCUAGAUCCUGCUCAGGAAGUCCGGGAAACAUGUGAACUGGCUCUCCAGCGAAUUGAGGAGUUAAAGUCUGGUGGUAGUGAUGAUAAAUCAUCCAUGACAGAAAAGUCACCUUUUUUGUCUGUAGACCCUGCUGCACCGGCUUCAUCUCAUUCAUCUGUUGAUAAACUUAGGGAGGUUCUUUUGGAUGAAGAAAGAGGCAUGUACGAGAGGUAUUCAGCUCUCUUUGCUCUCCGAAACCAUGGUGGAGAAGAAGCUGUUUCUGCCAUUAUUGAUUCUUUGGGGGCUAAAAGUGCGUUGUUGAAACAUGAGGUUGCUUAUGUCUUGGGUCAAUUGCAAAAUAAAGCUGCUGCAGCUGCACUUAGCAGUAUACUCAGGAAUGCGAAUGAGCAUCCAAUGGUUAGACAUGAAGCUGCCGAAGCUCUCGGUUCCAUUGCAGAUGAACAAAGUGUAGCGCUGCUUGAGGAAUUUACUAGAGAUCCUGAGCCCAUUGUCUCACAGAGCUGUGAAGUCGCUCUUAGCAUGCUUGAAUUCGAGAGCGCAGGAAAAUCAUUUGAGUUCCUCUUCAUGCAAACUCCUGUGGUGCAUUAGAACUGGUUAAAAAAUGAGCUGGGGAAAAGACAGAAGUAGAAUGAUAUACCAGGAUUUUUGGUUUUCUUUUUGAAAUAUUGUCACGUUAAUUUAUACAUUUGCAUGGUGAUUAGGGUUUGUAUUACGGCUCUGAUAAAUUUUGUAGAGAAUUGAUCACAGAAGUUUAUAAAG